AUGUUCGAUGGGAUCAUACGGUGGAGGCAGCACGCCGAACCCUGCGAUACAAUCACAUGGAUUGACCAGCUCAAAAACGAGUACCCCAAGGGCUUCGGUACAAUCACAGCCAUGCGGGUGGGGCAAAUGCACAACCUAAAAUACUACCCGUUUCAGGACUGGGCGUUUGAAGUCAUGAGAUCUGUGCUGCUGGAGACAGAAAUGGCGUCGAAUGCAACCAACUGGCCGCUGCCGGUGCCGCGGCGGGUGCACGGAAAGGCGAUAGAGGCGGCGGGGGAUUUCGGGGAUUUACACCGUGUGGUUGGGGAGAAUUUCUACGUUACCACUCAAUGUUACAGCGAGGCGUUUCCCGGGCGAAUCAUGAACGGCACCCAGCUGACCCUGGUGGAGGCCUCAGGCUCCUACGACUUCACCAUUCGUACAGCCGUGACGCCCGAGCGCAGUGCCGAGUUCUUUCAGGAGCUUCAGAGGACAUGGGAGGAGCUCAGUGAAGCAGCCACCGACACGCACCUGCGGGCCACUGACUUUCACCUGUACCGGCGGCGAGUGAGGGAGGGCGUGCUGCGGAUGGGGUACUACUGGUAUCAGUUCAUGCCUCUCACCCGCGGGUCAGCGAUGGUGGGCAUUAUCUCCAUCCUCGGCCUCUCCCUGGCUGCUGACAUGGAAACUCUCUCACUCAUCCCAAAAGAUGUUCAGGUGGACUGGGAGGCGAUCCUAAAUCCGCGUUUUAAGCAGUUCAACGACUCGGUAUCGCCCUGGUUCUACAGCAAGGUUGCGCCCGCGCCCUGGCACUUGCCACGUGUCAGCGAGGCAUUGCCCACCACGCGCCACGUCAUCGCAGCGCUUAGUUACGACCUGGAAUCUGACGACUAUGACGAUGAUAAAGCUGGCAACGAUGAUGUCGUUCCCCCGCGGGAGUUUCUGCACCCGAAGGUUCCGCCGAUUGCGCGGGGGAAUCGCGGAAGGAAUACUCCCCUCGCCGUUACCUUCCCAGCCAAAACUCUCGCAAAACUCUCGUGCAGGGACGGUGCGCCGCGGUCGUCCGCAAUGUAUUGCCUUAGAGCCAGGGUCCCAUGCGCCGCGCAGCCGCACUCCGUUGCGCUACUAGCUCCCCGCGCGGCGCAAUCGUGCAGCUCGCGGCAUUUUCUUAUGCCCGUCUGUCCCACGGUAGCGCGCAGUUCCCGUGCAGUUUUACUUCUUCCCCGCGCUAUAAACCACGUGGAUUCCCCUUGCGCGGAUUCAGGCGCUCGUUUCCCGCGCGCAGCGUUGCGCGCCAAGCGGUAUAUCGAGUUUGAUUCGGUUAGAUUGCAUGCCUCGCGGGGGCUGUGGCCGCUGACGUGGCAGCAGCAGCGUCAACGACAGCAGCAGGAGAGGCGAGGGGUUCAGGGCAUUAGAGGGGGCAGGGAGGCGCGGCGGGGGUUAAGGGUUUAUGCAGGGGCGAAUUCCGGGGAGGAAAGAUGGAGCCUGAAACGGGCGGGAAGCGGGCUUGAACGGAGUGAUAUUAGCGAGAGUGAUUCAAAUGGCAUUGAUGACAGGGGUGAUUCUAAAGGGGGCGAGUUGGAGGGUGAGGGAAGAAGAGAGGAGGAGAGAAGGGAAGGAGUGAAGGGGGGAAGAGGAGAGGUGGAGGCAGAGGGAGAAAAGGUGGGGCAGGGUCAAGUGAAGAAGCCACUUCACGUGGUGCUUGUGUGUCCUCAGAUCCCAGGCAACACAGGCUCCAUCGCCCGCACAUGUGCUGCCACGGCCGUUCCACUGCACCUGGUCAAGCCCCUGGGGUUUGACAUCACGGAUUCAAAGCUCAAGCGAGCAGGGCUGGACUACGUAUGUGGUGGUGAACAGGUCAAGCGGGCAGGGCUGGACUACUGCCCGUACGUGGUGGUGACCGUGCACGGCAGCUGGAAGGCGUUCAUGGAGUAUUCCAGGUAG